GAGCGUCAUGAUCAUUCAGUUAUGAUGCAAAAACCCGGAAGUUGAGGGAGCGCUGCUGUCGAUGCUAAAGAACUAAGCGGCACCGAGAGUGCAAAAAGGCUGUAUUUGAAAUAAAAAUGGCAGCAUUACCCCGCAGAAUUGUAAAGGAAACACAGCGUUUGAUUCGUGAGCCUGCCCCGGGUAUUAUAGCAAGGCCAGAUGAGUUCAACUGCCGUUACUUUCAUGUGGUUAUUGCCGGACCUCAGGACUCACCAUUUGAGGGGGGCACAUUUAAACUUGAACUCUUUUUACCAGAAGAGUAUCCCAUGGGGGCUCCAAAAGUGCGCUUCCUAACCAAAAUAUAUCAUCCCAAUGUAGACAAGUUGGGAAGAAUAUGUUUGGAUAUUUUGAAAGAUAAAUGGUCUCCAGCUCUGCAGAUCCGAACUGUGCUGUUAUCAAUCCAGGCCUUACUAAGCGCACCCAACCCUGAUGAUCCCCUAGACAAUGAUGUCGCAGAUAUGUGGAAACACAAUGAAGCCAGAGCCAUUAUGACAGCCAGGGAAUGGACCAGAAAGUAUGCUGGAAGUAGAGCAGUGCAAAAAGGACCAGCAUGUGGAAACUGAGUGUAAAAUCAGUUCCCUGUUCUACCAAGAGCUCUUUUCAACUACUGCAUCAAAAAAGUGCUUUUUGAGGGAGUAUUCUACAUUCCAUAUUUUAGGUGUAAGGUGCUGAGGAAUGACUGGGUAGAUGUGGGCAAUAUGACAUUUUUCUUUAUUUUAAAUAUUGUUCUUUGUGUUGCUGUUUAUUUAAACGGCUACAUCCUAUUGGUCUAUUGUAUAUAUACAAUACAGUUUGAAGUUGUACAGGUGACACAACAGGCCACAUCAACAAUCACAAAUCUUUGUAAUUGUGUUUGGCUUUAUUAAAUACAAUUUUGACCAAUCAAAAGUUAGCCUGUGCUGUCACGUGUGUUGUGUGACUGCUUGGACCUUUUCUUAAAGGGGGAUAUCCAGAAUUUUUCAACAAAAGUGUAUUUAUAGAUGUUUUGGGGUUCCUCUUUUCAUCAGGAACAAAAACAAAAUUAAUGGGUGCGAUGUUGAUUUAAAACGCAAGCACCAUUGCUGGCUCAUCGGCUGUAUAUUACUAGCAGUGUGCCUGGGCAUGAGAUUACAUAGACAUUUCUGAUAUACACAAAGCCCCCAGAAAUGUAAAAAGUUGCAGUUUCAUGAAUGGCUGCAAAAGGAGCACAUUGCCAGAAUUUCAUGUUAAAAUGUCCAACUUUAGAAGGAUACAUGUUUAUUGCCUGGUGAAAUACAAAACAAAAAUGUAUUUUUGUCUCUCUAGUUAAGUUUACUCCAUGACUACUGUCAGUUGGGUGAGUUUAGAAUUAUUAUUUUUUUUUAUUGUAACUAUUUAGUUUAAGAUGUUUUAAGCUGUAAAGUUAUGUAUAAUAUGGGGCAUGGUCACGUUAUGUUGUAGACAGUGUGUUAUCAGCUGACUCCAAACUCCACCUUCAGUUGCACAGACUGCUAGCAAUGGCUGCUAGCUGUUAUGAACCAACUGUCUGUCCUUUUAUAAGCAUUUUAUUACAAUUAUAUGUAAUAAUAUAGCUUAUUGUGCAGUUAAGUGUCCUAAUAUAAUCAUCUAAAAUGUGCUACAGUAUUUGCAUUGAGUGAAAUUUUUGUGUUGUUUGAACUGUUCGCAGUGUUACCAGGUGCUGUAGCUUAGCUGAUGCUAACUCCAAACUAAGCCUAACGCUCCAUAGUGAGGUAAUAAGAAGGUCAUGAUUUUUAAUACCCACAUCCAGGUAAACCUUCAUGAAAACAAUCACCCAGUCCAAAAUAAUAUACUUUAAUAAUAAAACACCUGAACCCAGGUUAGCCUGAUGAGUAGGUGUGUAAAGGAUGUGUUUGGGUUUCAUUUGUCCUGCCCAGGACACACAGGGGCUUGCCUAUGCGCUACUCCUUUACCCAUUUAUGAAUUGGCCAUGUACGACAAAAUAUUUGUAUCCAGAGCAUUUCUGCCCAUAUUAAAUGGUAGAUAA